GAACCUUCUCUGUUUUCCUCGACAACCCACGGAAUCUCUCUCUCUCUCUCUCUCCCUGCGCUCCCACUUCUAUCCACUCAUCCAUCUCUCUCUCUCUCUCUCUAGCGAUGGUGCGCGGCCUCUCCCUCUCGCAGUCGGCCCUGAUCCGCCUCCCCAACCGGCACCGCGUCCUCUCUCCGCCACCCCUGUCGCCUUCCGUCCUCGCCGUCCACGCUCGCUCCCACUCCUCCUCCUCCUCGCCUCCCUCCGACCUCGGGGACUCUCCAGAUCCCCUCCUCCGCAAGCUCGAGGACGUGAUCCACCACAUCAUCGUCCGCCGCUCGGAGCCCGAGUGGCUUCCCUUCCGCCCCGGAUCCUCCUACUGGGUCCCGCCCCGCUCCAAAUCCCGUGGCAUCGCCCAGCUGAUUGGAAAAUUAGCCACCGGGAGCCCUCACCUCAACGCCGACGAGUCCAUGUCCACCACCACUCCACGCGGUUGGCCCUCCUCCUCCUAUUUCAUCCACGGCAUAUCUCCGGCUCCGCGGCCAGUGGAAGCAGAGAAAACUUCCGAUGAAGCCUCCCAAUCGGAGGAUGAGGAAGAAUGAACUCGUAUGUUCCUUCAAAAGAAGGGCAUUUGAGGAACUGCUAAGGAAAGCCGAAGGAAGCACUUGGGUUGUUUGACUGACUGAAUGAUGUUCUCAUCAAAAGAGAAUCUCUACCGAUGCGCCCAAGUUUGCAAAGGCAGAAGUUAUUUCCUCCUGUAUCAGCAUACAGGGGAAAGAAUGUGUUUAGUUUCUUAUUUUGAUGAUUUUUAUGUUACGAUGAUAACAGACAAUGUUUUUUGCAGUUCCUCUGUACAUAAUGUGAAUUACUACUACUUUUGAUGGCCACCUAUCAUGAUAAUGUAUAUGGCUUGGGUCUUCAAAUAGCACAUUCAACUUCUGUAAAUAGUUUCCCUGUAUUGUA